UUUGCUAUUUUUCAAAAACUCACUAACACUCCUUUCAAACUAGAAACUUGGAAAAAUGGCACCGAUUGUUGUAAGUGGCAUGGGGUCGCGUGCAACACCAUCUCAGGUCAUGUGAUUGGUCUUGAUGUGACAUUUCCUCCACAAUCUUUUGGUGAUAUUCCCUCUAUAAUCUCUCACUUGUCCAAAUUACUGUCACUUCAUCUCUUUGGCGACCAGAGCAUGAUGAGAGUUGAUCCAUACACAUGGAACAAACUCAUUCAAAACGCAACUAAUUUAAAAGAGCUUCAUUUAAUUGGGGUGAACAUGUCUUUUAUCGGAGACAACUCUUUGUCAUUGCUAACCAAUCUCUCUUCCUCUCUCAUCGAUCUUAUUCUUAUAGACACCAAAUUGCAAGCGAAUCUAUCGAGUGACAUCCUCUCUUUACCCAAUCUUAAACAAAUACUUCUGCAUGAUAAUGAGAAGUUGAGAGGUGAGCUUCCAAAGUCCAACUGGAGUGCUCCACUAGAGGUCUUGGGUCUCGAUAAUACUGCUUUCUCGGGAAACAUUCCCGAUUCUAUUGGCCAUUUAAAGUCUCUUUACAUGCUAGCUUUGAGGAAUUGCAGUUUUGAUGGAGUGGUUCCCUCAUCAUUGUUUAAUCUAACUCAACUACUCCUUUUAGAUCUUAGCCAGAACAACCUCACGGGGUUAAUUGGUGAAUUCUCAUCUUAUUCUUUGGAAUUCUUGUUUCUCGACCAUAAUAACUUGAGUGGUCGUCUGGAUUUUUAUCAAUUUUCAAAAUUCAAAAAUAUAAAUCUACUCGAUCUCAGUUUCAACAAGUUGCAAGGAGAUCUUUCAAUUGUACCCAAUGGAAUUGAAUACUUUUUAGUCUCAAAUAAUGAGCUGACGGGGAACAUUCCUUCAACCAUGUGCAAUGCAAGCUCCCUCAUUAUACUCGACUUGGCCCAUAACAACUUGACAGGCCCCAUUCCUCCAAACUUUUGUAAGGGAAAUGCAUUGAAGACUCUAAAGUUGAAUGGCAAUGUUAAGACUUUGGCAAGUGCACCAAAUCGUGACAAGUAG